UGCCCAGCUGGCUGGAAGCCCACAGUGGGCAGGUCAGUCCUACCACUGACAGAGACUGAGGAGGAGGAGAGGCUCUUUGCUGAAAUGGACCGCAAGCUUUCCCGCGACAAUGUCCAGAAGUUUUCCCAGACUUGUCGCCAGCUGGGACCCAGCCCUCCCAGCCCCAAGGGCACAGCGGUGGCAGCAGAGGCAGCACCUGCCCUGCUUAGCCCCUCUUCUGCCCCACAGAGCACCACGGAGCAGAACAUCUACUGGGCGAUCCUGAGUGAGGUGCUGCAGGAUGUCCAGGAACUGAAGCAGCAGGUGAUUGCCCUUCGACAGGUGUUGACUGUGAACGAAUCUGUAGACACAGCCAAAAAUGAAGAGAGCUCAGUGCUUUCCCCACACAGCACCCCCAGCCCCUUGCCUGCCCAGCUGAGUUCCCAAGCCCCCAGGGAGCAGCAGGAGGAGGGGGCAGCAUCAGCAUCUGUGCGGGCAGUGCAGGAGAGCGAGGAUGGGACCUUGACUGGGGAGGACAAAGACUGGGAAGAUGACAUCGAUUCAGAGCUCUCCCAGUGGGAAAAUGAGGAACAGGCAGAGGUGUCCCACAGAGAAAUGAACAACUCCCAAGAAGUGUCCCAGGGGCAAGAGUGCCCUGAGCAGGAGCCGUGCAGCCAAGGGCCGGCGCCUGCCCCGCACAGCCCCCCCAGCCCCUGGCCUGCCCGGCUGGGAGCCCAGGCCCUCCGCGGGCAGCCGGCUGCCCCCGGGAAACGUCCCUCCCGCUUCAGGCGGGCGCUGCGGGCGCUGCGGGGGCUGUUCUGCUGUUCCUGCCUCAGGCCACGGACUGCAGAGUGAAACAGACACAGAAAAAAAUAAAGAGGACAAAGAUGACAUGGCAGAUGAAGAAGAUGAAGACAGAGAAGAAGAUGAAGACAAAUAGGAUGAAGAAGAUGAAGAAGAGAAAAAAGAGGAAGAAGACAAAGAUGAAGAGUAAAAAGACAAGACAGAGAACAUUUAUUUAAGAAUAGAUAGAAGAAGUAUAAUAAUAAGAAUUUAGUAAUACUUAGAAGAAGAGUACUAGGAAUAGGAAUAGGAAUUUCAAAAUAUGUAGAAGAAGAAGAAUAGGAAUAAGAAUUUUAAAAUAUGUAGUAGAAGAAGAAAAAUAAGAAUAGGAAUAGGAAUAAGAAUAU